AUGGCGCCUCGUUCCAUGAUUAAGGGUGCCUUUUUGGGCGCCCUCGCCCUCACGGCCCCAGUUACUGCUCAAUUGGCGGAUCAGGUUUCUUCGGAUUCCCAGGCUGGCGUUCCUCUGUUCACCAGUGAGACCCUGCAAUUGACGGAUGAUGCUCUCGCCACCGUGAGCGAGAACCAGUCCGCUCUGUUCCAGUUCGGAAAUGCCUCCUCCUUGUCUACCCGCAGUGUGAAUGGCUGCAAGGUCUACCCUGGUGACUUCUGGUGGCCCUCUAAGCUGGUGUGGAACCUCUUUGAUGCGUUCCUCGGUGGUGCCCUCAUUAAGACUGUCCCUCUGGCUGCUUCUUGCUACAAGUCAUGGCCUGAUGAGUAUAAUGCCGCGACUUGCUCGUCCAUUACAGAUGACUGGACCGACUCCAACCUGCACGCCGCCGAUGCUGCCUCGGUGAUGUGGCCCCUCUUCGAGGGCCGCACUUGCUUGCCCACUACCAAUGCCUCUGCUUCCUGCACGGUUGGUGGCUACAGCAGCUACGCUGUCAAUGUCACCAACGUUGCUCAGAUCCAGCUGGCUGUGAACUUUGCUCGUAACGCUGGUCUCCGUCUGGUUGUCAAGAACACUGGCCACGAUUUCAAUGGCAAGUCCACCGGUGCUGGUGCUCUGGGUAUCUGGACCCACCACCUGAAGAACAUUGACUACAUCCCCAACUAUAAGAGCUCCAGCUACUCUGGACCCGCUGUCAAGAUGGGUGCUGGUGUCCAGGCUCAUGAGAUCUAUGAGAAGGCCAACGCGCUUGGCUUCACCGUUGUUGGUGGUGAGGGCAAGGUAUACUGUUGGUGUCGCUGGUGGUUACGUUCUCGGCGGUGGUCACUCCCCCUGUCCAGUAUCUACGGUCUGGCUGCUGAUCAGGUCCUCGCCAUGGAGGUUGUCCUUCCCAACGGCCGCUUCGUCACUGUUACUGAGCAGACCUACCCCGAUCUCUUCUGGGCCAUCCGUGGUGGCGGUGGUGGUACCUUCGGUGUUGUCACCUCUGUCAUCUCUCGCGUCCACCCCAAGGUUGGCGUGACCGUGUCCACCUUCAGCUUCUCCACCGGCACCGACGUCUCCGUCGAGACCUUCUGGGCCGGUGUCCGCUCUUACAUGGAGCGUUUCGAUACCCACGCCGACGCCGGUACCUACGCCUACUUCUGGAUCCUGAACACUGGCGAGGACUCCUUCUUGUUCCUGAUGAACCCCUUCUUCGCCGUGAACCACACCGUAGCCGAGUACAACGCCCUCGUCCAGCCCUGGUACGAUGACCUCUCCAACCUGGGAAUCUCCAUCUCCCCCAGCACCACCUACUACGACAACUUCUACGGUGCCUGGAUGGCUGGUUUCCCCCUCGAGACCGUCGCCUCCUCCACCAUGAUGACCGGCUCCCGUCUCUUCCCUCGCGCCAACUGGGAGGACGCCACCCUGUUCAACACCACCUUCGACACCCUCCGCUCCACCGUCGAAAACGGCUACGCCCUCCUCGCCUUCAACAUGAAGGCCGAGCUCGUCGACGGAUACCCCGAUAACGCCGCUAACCCUGCCUUCCGCAACACCCUCAUGCACGCCAUCUCCUCCACCAGCUGGGACGCUGAUGCCACCCCGGCCGAGAUCAAGGCUAAGAUGGACUACUUCACCAACACCGUCCUGGGCCAGUGGCGCGCUACUUGCCCCGAUGCGGGCGCUUACAUGUCCGAGUCCGAUAUCCAGGAGCCCAAUUUCCAGCAGGCCUUCUACGGAUCCAACUAUGCUCGUCUGUAUAAGUUGAAGCAGCUGUAUGAUCCUACUUCCCUGUUCUAUGCUCCUACUGGUGUUGGUAGUGAGAACUGGGUUGUUAACAGCGCCGAUGGUCUUCCUGACCAGAACGGUCGUCUGUGCCGUGCCUAA